AGUCGAUUGGACGUGUUUGUUGUAAUUUCUGGGGUUGAUCCAAGUGAAUCGAGUAGAGAUUUUGUUUUUUUUUUUUUUUUCUGGAGAAAAAUAUUUGUUGUUCAAUUUAGAAAGAUCAGAUAUGGACGGUACAAGGUUUCGUCAGCUGUUCGGAAAGAAAGACUUGUCCGAGGAAAGUUUUGUAGAGUGUUGCAACGCACUGCUCGAGUUAGACGUGAGAAAUGUGGAUAUGGAUGAACGGCUGCAAGCUCAGCUGCAGUAUAAAUUGGUGCGUUUUGGCAUGAAACAUGAUUUGAAGCCCCGUAGACCAGCUUGCAGUAAAGGUGGAUGGCCUGAAGCUAUCGACCGAAUCCAGCAACUUUUCCAACGUCUUAAAGAUCAACCAAGUGAGGACCCGUUUUAUGUUGACGAUGGGACAUUGCUUCUGAUAAGAAUCAUCCAUAAUGAGCUGUGGUUCUUGGAGCAAGUGCCUGAGCUGCAAAUGGCUCCGGUAAAAAAGAUAACAUUCUGGCUGGCGCUAUUUCUGCUGGUGUUCAAACACGAAGCUGACUUCGAUGCUUUUAGGUUGCUGCUUAAUCGAAAUACUGUCAUGGAGUUCCUCGAAGAAUGUUUGAAAAUGUUACAAAAGUUAAAAAUGGGCAACGAUCUGGACGUCAACAAUUACAGCCUUCUUUUUGAUAAAAAGUGCAGAAAAUCAAUCAAAAAGUUUAACAAAAUCACUAAAGUAUUGCAACGAUUGUAUUAUUUGCGAAGCAUUCGUCAAAUACUAUCAGCUGUUAUUGCAAAUGAUGGUGAUAAUAGGGUUAGACGAGUUGCAAUGAAUCACUUGUUGCAUACAUUUGAUCGGCACCAUGAACUCUUUUCAGAUUUUUCAGAAUUGAAAAAGUUUUCAAAAGUGUACAGCGACAUCGUUAAUAGAGCUAAUCAUCGUGUGUACUCAGAUGAGUUUCAAGGUUUUGUUGAUAAGGUUUCAGCUUUCUAUCAGAAUUUUUACCGGAGCUUACCAGAGCUAGAGAUGCACAUUAGUUCAAAGAUUUUUCUGGAAGAGCUUUCUGCAUUUCGUUACUUUCUCAACGCUGCCAGAAAAUGCCCGGAAGAGCACCUUCAAUCAUUUUUUGCCUUUGUAAAUAUGAGUUCAAUUCAGAAAAAUCAAGUUGAGUCCUACAACAAUGUAAAAAAAUACUAUGAUUCCGUUGCCGCAGAUUUUUCGAAAUUGGAUAAGGUCGCGUAUAUGAAACAUUCGCAUGUUUGUGAUUCCAUUUAUAAACUAACUGAUUGCAACGUAACAUUGUUAAAAGAAAUGAUUGACCAAAUUUUUGCAUAUCGCCGUAAAAGACCAGAUGAGUACUGUUUAUUGAUGUGGAAAUCUACACAAAAUGCAACCACGAUAAGUGAUGAAGAUUUGACUGUCAAAAAUCAAGAAAAACAAAACAUUCCCUGUGCAACAGUGUUAUCCCAUUUAGCCAAGAAAAAAUACCAUGCCUUAACAGGAAAGAUAAAAACCGCAUUGAUAAGGUACAGCAGUGAAACAGUUGAAAAAAUGCUUCACAAUUAUUCCAAUAUUCCACGAAACGUGCUAAUUGCAAUUUGUCAGUGGCAGCUUAAAUGCUACGAAUUGAUGGAAUCUUCGGAUAAGAUGAGCGAUUUUGCUCCUUUCGUUAUUUAUGGGCAUGGAGCUAUUUCUGAGAAACAAUAUUUCAACUAUUUAGAGACUGGAAGCCCCAGCUUUUUGACGGUCACAAAUAAUAUUGAUUUGAGUAACUUGAUCAAUGCAAUUGCAUUAACUGAAGUCCAAUUUGAAGAAUUGAAACAUCGUACAAUAUUUGCAGAUAAUAUUAAGGAUGUGAGAACCGAAGGGUUAGUUUGGAAUCUACAACAGAAAAAAUUGUUGCAAGCUACCCUGAACCUCGACGUAGAAAAUGAAAAAACAGAACAAGAAUUUUAUAAACUUGUGUCGACUGGAUCGAAUGUGAAAGGAAGUUUCUUGUUUCGUCCUGACAUUUUAGAGCCAUUGAAAUACCAUACUUUGGGAACAAUUCUUGCGUAUAAAUUUAACUGUAAACCUGGUGAAUUAUACUACCGAAUGCUGUCAGCAAUUGAGGACCAACCACGGGAGAAAUACCAUUGUCGAAGUUUGAAAUUACGAAUUGCUAUGGAUUUAAAACAAUUUGACGAUGCUCUGAUGUUUUGUCCCGAUGACAUAAGGGAUUUUCCAGAUAAAAUGUUUUUCUGGAACAAUAUAAUCGCAGGCUUAAUUGCUAUAGGAAAAGACCCAACAACCUGGAGCAGUGAAAUUGCGUCUUAUGUCGUUGACAAACUUGUUACUCAUGUUAAUAUUUCAGCUCUUAAGGCCUUGUUAUCUUUGAAGACUGACUACAGGCCCAAUAAACGAUUGGUCAUGAAAGCUGUUUCAACCGGAAGUGAAAAACUGGCAUUAAUGCUGAUAAAUCUUUGUGAGAUCGUCGACAAAGAUAUUUUAGAAUGUGCUGUUGAAAGACGUUUCAACAUUGUUGUUUUUAAAUUCCUUGAUAAGGAGUACUUGAAAGAUGUUUUAAUGUGUUCAGUUAAAUCAAAUAACAUUGAAGUUGCUGUAUACAUUCUUGAACAUGAGAACUCUUUCUCAAUGACCAAAGAAGCUCUUAUUUUGGCGGCCAAAUACAAUCGGAUAAAAAUUUGUCAACAUUUACUAGCAACAUUUCCUGAGUUGUGUCGUAACCAUGCUUUGAUAACGGCAGUACUAGAGGAGAAUUGGAAGCUAGCCGAUAUUUUAAUUGAAUGCAAGGCAAAUCCCAAAGCGCAGCCCCACCAUCGUAUAAAUUCUUUAAAACUAACAGUUGCUGAAGUACCUAUUGUGACUGCUUAUCAGCUUGCAAUUUCUCACGGUUGUUUGAAAUUUGUCAGAAAUUAUUUCAUUAAAGAUCAGCUGGAUACUGAUUUAAAUUGUCUAGCUCUUGCGGCUGCAAGUGGAUCUGUUAGAAUGAUGGACUUCUUUUUUAGAGCUGGUUUACGUGUGAUUGAUGACCAUUUAGCUUUUCCUGUUGCAUUGGAAGUAAGGCACGUAGAGCUGUGUGGGGCAAUUGCUAGAAAUAUUAGGUUAAAUAUUGUUGAUACUGGAGAUCCAAUUAUAAUCAACUGGUUUAAUUUGCUGGAGCAAUGGAAAAAUUAUCUUUAUAUGAAUGAAUUAAUCACUAGUCCACAAAACGACAUGUUUUUACCAGAACUUAAAAAAUUCCUCUUCAGAAGAGCGUUACUUUAUAAAAAAGUAGAUGGUCGGUUUUAUAUUUCCUCAAUUUUUAAUGCUUCUUUUGAUCAGCGGGAAGAAACUUGUUUUAGUCUAGCCAGUGAGAGAAAAAAAAUCCUUACAACAAUUUCAGAGUUUCAAAGAAACCUACUUUCACUGGUUCCAGUUCAGUUUGAGUUUCAUGUUUUCUCUAGCAACUCCAAUCAUUAUGCAUUUUUUGUAUUCACGGUAUUAAUUAAUUCGAUUUCCAAUGCGAUUAAACCAAUUAGUGACAUUAUUUUUGUUGACGAAAACAAAUUUUCUUUCCGUUUCAUAAGAGACAUGAUAAAGGUCAUUUUAGUGAAAUCAUUCCAGUUUGAAGGUUAUUUAUGCGAUUUUACAGAAUUUAAGGCAGAUGUAUGUGUGCGCUACCAAGAGAUAUACGUAAACAGUAUAAGCUACAUGGCAGAACUGUUGCCUUUAAACGAAUUUGUACCAGACCACGACGGUGAAUCUUUACUCAAUGAAAUUUUUAAUGAAAACCGUCUUCAAUUAGCGGUGGCAUCGGGUGACAUUGAAUCAACCAGAACAUUGAUCAACAAAAUUGGUAAUUCCGAUCAUCAAGAUUUAUGGCUUGACCCAACUCUGUUUCACAAAAUAGUUGAUUACAACGAAAACCUUCUUGGUAGAAAAGAAGAAAUGACGAGUUUGAUACUCAACGCUGGGUUACCUUGCUGGAGGGUCAAUCCUAAAACUGUUCAGUCAAUUAUCGACUAUGCCUUGUCCAAUGGUCAGACAAAUCUUGCCGAAAAAGUCCUUGAACAUGAUCUUCCAAAUGACAUGGCUAUGAAUCAGAAAAUACUCAGGGUUUUACAGUACGGGUCACAGAAAACUUUCAAAAUGUUCCUUGCUGCUAAUAAAUUAACGGAAUCUGACAUUUUUAAAGAAUGUACAAAUGCUCUAAUUGAACUCGACACACGAUGUGUACCACUUGAAAAAGAGUUGCACACUUUGCUCUUGUAUAGAUUGGCAAAUUAUGGAUUUGAAAAUUUCUGUGCAGAUCCUUUAACGUCUAAAGUUUCUUCUGAGUGGUUGAAUUCACUUCACUUGGUCAUUGAAUGGACUGAGUCCAUAUUGCGCAGUAUCGAUUGUAACCUUGUUUUAGCAGUCAAUAAUGAGCUGCUGUUUAGGCUUAAAAUAAUCCACAACCAAAUCUACCUGAUAAAGGAUAAAGUUCACUUUAAAAAACUUCCCUUGAAGGAGGUUAUGUUUUUAAUUGCGAUUUUUAUCUCGUCAGUCAAAUCAGACGAAUUUGAAAUUUAUCGAAUGGUUUUAAAUAAACAAACUAUUUGUAACAUUUUACAAGCAAUCGCAGCGGAGCUUAAAUCAUUCUCCAAAGAAUAUUCAACAGCUUCUUUGGAAAUGGAAAACAUUCUUUCGUGUGGAUCACGAGAUCGAGAUACUCUUGAGAAUUCCUGGAAUAACAAUGCGUCUCUUCCAAAACUCAGUGAUAAUGUUUGGAAUAAGCUGUGUUCCAAGAAAGCUGUAAAUCUCUCGAACGAAAAGUUAGUUGAAGAAGUGUUUGGCAAUGAAGCCAUCGACUUCAAGUGGAAACUGCACGGCAAGCACAAGAAAAUGUUCAAAUUUACUAUCAGAGUAUAUCAGCGCGUUCGCCAGAUGUACUCAUUAAACAAAAUUUUGUCCAUUUUGGAAAACUUUUCUUUGUCCAAUAGUUCUAAGGAAGUAAUAGUUGCCUCGAUGAAACGCUUCAUACAGAUUUUUGGUGAAUCCAUCAAAAAUACAGUAAAUUCACAAAACCUUCCAGCUAAAUUCAACAAAAUAUUGUCCCGCCAACUGUCUACCUAUGUAGAGCUGAAUAAAAAAACCAGAGAUAUAUCAUGUCAUGACUAUCCUGUGGCAAAAAAACACUUUAAAACAGAAGAUCAGUGUGUAUACUAUAGAGCGUCAUUGGAAUAUCUGGAUGUGGUCAAAGUAACAAUAAGUAUUUUGUUAAUAUGUACCACUUUUGAGUUUUCUCGAUGCCUCUUUGGUAUGUUAAGGUCUUGCAAAUCACUUGUUAAUAUUCAAGACAUGAUCCGUUACGUUGGAGAUCAGCGCCGGUUUCUUCCAUUACAAGAUAGACUUCUUGAAAUAACAAAAAAAUAUCAUAAAGAUGUUGAAUCCUCUUUAAAUGUUAUCAACCUGGAAGUGUUGAGUCUAACACAAAAGAAAGCUGUCGAGCAUCUUAAAGUCAAUCACAUUAGACGAAUUCCUGUGAUUGAACACUUGGAAGGAAUGAUCAGUUCAAUGUUUUCAUACAAGUACCACUACCUACAAACAGCAGCAUUUUUGAAAACCGACAUUGUGACCUAUCAUCGUAUGCUUGAUAUGAAUUUAAAUCAGUCCCUUAACAACUACUUGACUAUUAUUCAUGAUGGAUGGGAAAUCGAGCUUAAUUACCUUAGUCUUCUUCCAGACAGUGUUAAAUUACAGGAAAAACAAACAUUUAUAUUGGCAAACCUACAGAUGGAAUUUGACAUUAAUUUUAAAGCAUUACAGGAAUAUCACUGUCAAAAGGAAGUGGACAGAAUUUGUCAACUCUUUGACUCAGAUGAUCCUGUCAAGAAGGGUCAGUUGUACCAGAAGUUGCAAGGAACCAGAGGUGGUGGAUGUUUUGGUAACAUUUUUACAAUUGACGCCAAAAUACAAGCUAUUAAGCAAGUUUUUCAAAAGAAAAAGACUCGUGGUUCUAAAGAAGACGACAGAACAGAGACAAACUUAUUUGAGAAUAAAUUGAAGGAACUGUAUGAAGAUGACACACAAGAGUUGUCCAACAUUUUCAAGAGCAUUCAAAGCUCCAUGCUGCGUCUACUGAAAGAAUAUAAUUGUGAUUCAAUUGAAAAAAUGGCCUUCAACAUGGAAUACCUUCCUAUUGAUGCUAUUUUGGCACUGGAAUACUGGAUGCUUGAGAUGAGUGAGAUUUUAAUCACCACCAAACAAUUCCAAGAUAACUUCCACACAAUACAGAAAAAUGUGCAGAUGAUUUGUGGGCGAAACUUUAGAAAUUAUUUAGCUCACGAUGGUAUUUCAUACGAUUUGUUGACAAACAGUUCUAGGGUUAAAGUCCUUAUAAACGCACUUGUAAUGGCAACCAAGAACUGGAAACUUUUUCGAAUGCCGCAAAAAAAGGACCUGCCAGCGCUGGUUAAUCUCAAAACCGAAGGUAUAUCUUGGAUUAAAAGCCAAAAAGACUUGAAACAAGCCGUACUUGCAUUAGAUCUUAAAACGGUAAAUUCCGUGUCCAAUGAACAAGGCGGGAUACUUUCUGGCAUAUUUUGGACAACGGUAGGUUUAUACAGUGGAAUCCAAUCGGUGAAGCUUCUGGAACUAUUACAAAAUAAAAUUUUUGUCGAUUUUGACUGCUUAAAUUUCAAGCUCCGUUCCAUUCUGACAAUGCUAUGCCCAGACGCUCCAGGAAGGUGGCAAGAGUUUGCUUCUUCAAAGACGAAAUAUAUCAAUGCAAUGAUGAAUGGUGACUUUCAGAAGGCACCUAGUUACCUGGGACUCUCCUGGAAAGAACUAUUUAAAAGUGUUGACAGUAAUUUUGGUAUAAAUUUGUUCUUGGGUAGUUUCAUUAGGCAUUUGGAAGAAUCGUGUGAAGAAUCAGUUUUGCUUGAUGUUUUGAAAUUAUUUGAUCCCGAAGUGCUUAUUAUUGGUCUAGCAGUGGGAUCCGACAAAAAAAUAGAUUUGAUGCUAAAGAAAUUUCCAUUUGCAAUUGAUUUUGCUCAACUGCAUGCUAUAUCAGUUCAAAGAAACUCAGUAGAUCAUUUUAAUAAACUAUUCCCAAGAAAUGAAAUAGAUUUUGUUCAUGUUAACAGAGCUGCAAUUUGUAAUAACUUUGUAGCAUUUAACUAUUUUUUACAAAAUCAAAUUGCUAAACCGAAUGAAGAGCUUGAAAACACUCUGGUGCUAUGUUGUAAAUAUGGCCGAAAUGAGAUGAUCAAACUGUUGUUGGAAAACUUUCCGGUUUUGUUCAACGCUAUUGACCGCGCCCUUCGAGUUGCAAUCGUCUUCUGCCGUUGGACAACUGCUCGUCUGUUGGUUGAUCGGGGAGCAGAUCCCUGGCAUAAGGAUAGUGUGGAUGAAGAAUCCUCGGCAGAUAUCGUUGUGAAAAAUGGUUGCUAUAAGAUGCUCAAACAUUUUUUCAAGAUUAUGCCGAGAACAACUCAUGGGAUAUUAAGGCUCGUGGCUGAGCAUGGCUCGAAACGAAUGAUGGAACUUUUCCUCAAAAAAGGGUUUGAUAUAUGUCAAGAUCAACACGUUCUUUUUUGUUCAUGUAUGAACAUAAAAGAUACUCAGAUGAUGGCUUACGUUGAGGACUGUAUAUUUAGUUUUCCAUUUAAUGAAUGCUUGGAUUCUAAUUUGAGGGAGUGGCUUAAAAUUUUACAUGAAAUCAAAAUUGGUACAUACUUUAAGAGUAAAGAACUUAACCUGUGUUUGCAGCACAAUCAAUUAUUAGUUGGUAGAAUUGUGAACCAUUUGAAUUUAUUCAAUAGAAUUCAAAUCGUUGGAUACAAUGGUGACGACCUAACUUAUGAAGACGAUAUAAGAAAAUGCGUUGAUUUACAAGCAACAAUUAACAAACCAACGUUAAAACAAUCGCGUAAAACUGUAUUGCUGUAUCAAACAAACGGAAACUUAAUUGUUUCAGCAGAAUGUUUCUUGUUUGAUGAAGAGAAUUCUUGUAAUUCGUUUGAAGAUGAGCCAAUAAUAGUUCAUAAUACAACAUCUUUUGAACUUUCCGUAGAUAAAAUAUGCGCAGAUGUUCAGAAAUUAAUCUCCGAAUCGCGGUUGAAGGUGAUAGACUGCAAAUUAACUUACCUAUCCGAUUCCUUUAGGUUACUAAUAGCCGGGUCGCAACGAUUUAUUAUUGAAAUUUUACCCGAAGAUACUAGAACCAGCACUGCAAAGUCAUUUCUGACCGAUCAAAACAGUAAAGGAGAAACAAUUUUGCAUCACCUUCCGUCCACUAUUACAUUUGACUUAUUCAAGCUACUUCUUGAUCAUGGAGCUGACCUUUCCCUGUUGAAUAAUGAUGGUGAAACUGCCUUGUUCUCUCUUCUAAGACGUGACAUUUCUUGGGACGUGUUGAAGGAUAUUUUCAAAUUUGUGGUCAGCACUGAUAUAAACCUUUUAAUGAUUCGAAACAAAAUGGGAUCGACGCUGCUAUUUAAAGCAGUUUCCUCACGCCAAUCGGAGGUUGUUCAAUUUCUUCUAGAACAUGGCGUGGACCAAACCAUCCCCAACCACGAUUGUAUUUUUCCUUUGAUUGAGGCAGUUAAUAUUCGAAGUGUUCCGAUCGUGAAGAUUCUGCUGGCAGACAAUCCCGAGGUGGUCAAUCUCCGACGAAUGGACAGAAAGACAACGGCUUUAUAUGCAGCAGCAUCAUUAAACAACGCCGAAUUGGUCCAGCUGUUUCUAGAUGCUGGAGCUGACUGUACUCUCCGGGAUGCUGAAGGAUGUACCGCGGUGGCCGCAGCUAUCGCGGACGAUUGUCUUGAUUCUUUGAAGGUACUGUUAGAGCACGGCCAGCGUGCUGGAAUCGACGUGUUAAGUAAUGUGACAGGAACCAAUUUCACGGCAUUGCUGCACGGAAUGGGGAAGGAUAACGUUGACACUUUUAGAGCAGUAUUGGAGUUUCAGGUUGGAGGAGCACUCGAUUCUAAUUUGAGCAAAGAAUCGCUGGCAAGGCUGAAGGAAAUUCUAUUGAAACCUUUUGAAGAAAAUCAUCGGUUUACGUUACUCACGUCAGCUUAUUUAUCCAACAGUCAAAGAACUAUCAAGUAUUUGAAAAAAGUUAUAAAGUUUUACGAAGAGCACGCCAAUGAAUGUUUAGAUAUAGGAGCAGUUCAAACUUCAUUUGGAUGUCCGCAAAAAACGUUACUUUCAGCUUUUGUUACUAAUAGUAAUGGAGAUGAGGUGAUGAACUUUGACAGAGACCCCCGAGAAGUACAAGACUUGAUUAAUUUUGUAAAAGAUUACAAAAAAAAUAAUCCUGGGUGCACUACUUUCACUGAUCAAGCGCAUUGAUUUUUGCCGAUCAAGCUUCAAUUCCCACAUCUUUACGCUACAAAAGUCUUAUUUAAAUAUUAGGAUGUAACAAAAAUUACAAGAUUACCUAACGUAUCAAGAAUUUUCAUUUGAUAAUGUAACCAGGACCACUCAAUUUUUUUUCUGAAUUUGAAUUUGAUUUUAAGAAUUAGAAAAAAAAAAAACAUAAAAAGUUUAACCAAAUUUUUUGUUUGAAUGAGGUUCAUUAAAUUUCUUUGGAUAAUCAAAUAAGUAGUAGUAUUUGGAGGACGCCCCUCAUCCAGAACAAUAAUCCAUCUCGGCAGAUACCAUGUUUUCAUCUAUUGACGAGUGUGUAAUAAUACGCAGGCAUACAAGGGUCUUAGUUUUAGACGCGGUUCCUCAUAUAGACUGUCAUAUUUAGAUUGAAAUUAAUAUAGUAAAUUUUGGAACCCGUUCGGCAUGUUUGAGUUUACUAAAGAGCGUGAGUGAACUCGGUGGCAGAGGAUUGAGCAACAACUGUUGACCAUUGUAAUUGUUAGUUUGAAAUAAUACACGAAUGCAUAAAUUCAGUUUAAAU